AAAAACUCCCUGCCAAACGCAUGCCUUCCAUACUUAUCUUCUUCAGAUUAGCUUUCUAGGUUUUCCAUUCAUCUCUCUCUCGCCAAAAGCUUUCCCUCUCUAUUGUCGCCCUUCUCUCUAUCUCCAUUUGGCUCAGAGGCUGCUCUAUUCUCUUCAUCAGGAAUCUUUGUGUGGUGCAGUGGUAAAAGCAUUGGGAUGCCAAUUCUAAGUGUGCGCGUUCAUGGGUGAAGUCUUGAGAGCAGCCACUUCAUGCAAAAGUGCUGAAGUCUGUGACUGUAUCAAGAGCACCCUCUUGGAACCCUGCUUAGAUGGGAUUUGCACUUGGUGAUGGCGUCUCAUUUUGUAUGCCUCCGUCUGUAUUUCAAGAAUUUUCUUGGGGUUUUUUUCCAGUUUUACCUCUGAAUAGAUUAUUGAUUGUAAAAAUUUGGAAGCCAACAAACGGGUUUGCGCGUGUGGCUAGAUAAGUUUUGAUUGUGUCCAAUAUACCCUGGAAUCAUCAAACUAGUAAUAGAUAAGUUACGACAGAUUGUCAACUGCUACUCUUCAGGUGUUUGUCCCCAUGGGUGGUGAUCAAAAGAUGAAAUGAUUUUUUGCCAUCUCUUGUUUAAAAUUGAAUCAUAUAGCAUUGAGUUGCACUUCAGCAUUGUGGAUAGAUUUCUCAAAUAAAUUAAAAAAGAAGCAGAUUAGAGCUGAUAAAUUCUGUAAACGGAGACUGCAUUUAACUUUGAUUUCUGGUGCCUUUUUUACUGGUUACAGUGACUCAUUAUAAGCAUCUUAAUGCAGCUGAUCUAUCUUGAUUUUUGAACUAUUAAUUCCUUCAAGCUAGACGGUGCUUUGUGCCAUGACAAGAAUAUACAGUACAAAAAAUGGCAUGCGUUAAAAAUUCAUCAGUUAUUGAUUGCCAAUUACCAUGGGGACUUCGAAGAAGGAAAUCUUAUCGUGCCAGCUGACAGGCUUCCUGUGCAACACCUGUUUCGUUUAAGCGUAGUAAAGUGCGAAGGCAAGAUAAUUUCAUCAGAUAAAAAGUUGGAUGAAGUCAAAUUGGGACAAUAUUUCUUGUGGCUUUUGCAUUCCUUUCAUGUUGAUUGCCCAGCAUGUCCAACAAUCUUGUAUCACAGCAAUCAUCAGUGCAGAGCAUCAAAUUGGGUCAGUCGGAAGACAUUUCAAACAAACUGGACUCGUUGAUGCAAAUGGGUUUGAUGGAACCUGGAAUCCAUGAUCCUGCAUUACAACAGUUGUCCAUGUCGAACAUGCAAAUGGGACAGAUGGGACCAAUUUCAACUGAUGCUUUAUCACAGCAGAUGUCGAUAUCAAACAUCCAAGUACAGUUGUCAGAACCUUUGCCUAAUGAUCAUGUUUUGCAGAACUUCUCGGGAUCAAGUAUACAAGCAGGACACAUGGAACCACGUGCAUACAAUAUGGUUCCAGAGAAAUUCUUAUCUAGGAGGCAACUGGGAGACAUGGAAACUGUGUUUCAUAAUACUGGAUCACAGCAGUCAUCACUAUUGAACAAGCGAAAGGCCCCAGAGGAACCUUCUUCCAACAAUUCUUUGUCACGGAAAUUAUCAAUGUCUCACAACCAGGUUGCGCAAAUGGAACUUAGGCCAUGGCUACAGCCAACCCUGACACCAAAUAAAGUACCUGUACAGAUCCAGUCUAUUUUAAAUUCGUCAGGAUCAAAUCGUCCACAAGCACCAUAUAAGAGGUCAGCUGCUAGUAAAACUGGACUGCAGCAAUCGUCAGUUCAGAAAAAUCAAACUGGACAGAUGCAUCCAUCUUCGAAGGCCAACAGUGAGUCUGAUUCUGUGAGGUCCAAGCUAAGACAAUCACUGGCAGAUGCGCUGACUCUGGUUUCUCAGCAGCACGAUAAAACUUCAAGUUCUGGAAAGUACUCUGUAGGUGAGGAUGCAAGUGCUCAGGUGCAGAAACACAAACAGACUCAACCUAUGGGACAAACUUCUGGUGCAGCUGGUUUUCACCAUUUGUCUGAGGAGCCCAAGGAAUCCUUGUCCACCAAGGACAAUUCUUUUACCCAAAACCAUUCUGACAGCCAUAAGACAUCUCAGGAAACUUCCAACACUCGUGGAAAUGCUUAUGCAACAGAGACAUCAAACAAUGACGGGCAGGAAUUACCAUCCAGCAAUAUUUUCCGUGAUGAGGAUAUUUCAUUUAGUGACAGUUUUUUGGUAAAAGAUGAAUUGUUGCAGGGCAAUGGAUUGUCCUGGAUACUGGAACCUGAUGCAGAGAUAGCAGAGAAAAAGGAGAUUGAAGCUGCCCAAACACCGCAUGGCCAGGAGCAUAUCGAUGAAUAUGUUGGAAAAGAAGUAGUCAGGGAUCCGCGAGUUUUGGCCUCUGAAAUUGAAGCAGAACUCUUCAAAUUAUUUGGAGGGGUAAACAAGAAGUACAAGGAGAAGGGCAGGUCUCUUUUGUUCAAUUUGAAAGAUCGUAAUAAUCCUGAACUAAGAGAAAAAGUUAUGUCUGGAGAGAUUCCCCCAGGGCGACUCUGCUCUAUGACUGCAGAGGAACUUGCAUCUAAGGAGCUUUCGGAAUGGCGGAUGGCAAAAGCCGAGGAACUUGCUCAAAUGGUGGUUUUGCCUGAUUCGGAUGUUGAUAUCAGACGUUUGGUGAAGAAAACUCACAAGGGUGAGUUUCAAGUUGAAGUUGAACAGGAUAGUGUAGCAAUGGAGGUUGCUGUUGGGCUGAAUUCAUUCACUACACAACCAAAAUCAGAUGAGAAGGAAGGUUCUCUGGGUUCUAAACCUGAUCAAAUGAAAGACAAAGUGAAUGCUACUGAUGACAAGAGUGAUUUAGAAGACAAGGCAGCUUCUUAUACGCUUACGAUUCCUUCAAGUGAAGGAAAUGAUUUGAUGCAAGGACUCAUGGUGGACGAUGAAUUGAAAGAUGCAGAAUUUCUUCCUCCAAUUGUCUCUCUGGAUGAAUUCAUGGAAUCCCUUGAUUCAGAACCACCGUUUGAAAAUUUACCAGAGGAUGCUGGAAAAACAACACCCGCCCUUGACAAUGAUGAUUCACAGCUUCGGCCAGAAGCCAAGUCUCAUGUGGUAGCUACAAAAGAUGCUGUUGGUAGCAUCCCAGAAAAAUCUGAAAACGUUGAGGAAACUAGCACAUCAUCUGAGGCUGAUGGGAGAUAUGCCAGCAUUCGUGUAGAAUCCAAAACUACACCCUCUACUGGUGCAUCCAAGGGUGAACAUGUCUGGGAAGGCUUACUUCAGCUGAGUAUUUCCACCAUGACCUCAGUUGUUGGCAUCUUUAAAAGUGGUGACAAAACGUCUGCAAAAGAGUGGUCUGGCGUUGUUGAGGUCAAAGGGAGAGUCAGACUUGAUGCGUUUGAGAAGUUUCUCCAGGAGCUCUUGAUGUCCCGAAGUCGUGCUGUUAUGGUAGUGCACUUUGUUUGCAAGGAGGGGUCCACGGAGAGUGAGAGGGCAAGUCUUAGAGGGGUUGCCGAUUCCUAUGUUUUGGAUGAGAGAGUGGGUUUUGCUGAGCCUGCUCAUGGAGUGGAACUUUAUUUAUGCCCUUCUCAUUCAAAGACACGUGAAAUGCUCAUCAAGGUCCUUCCAACGGACCAACUUGAGGCCCCUAAUGCUAUUGAUAAUGGUCUGAUUGGUGUUAUUGUAUGGAGAAGAGCUCAAGUAACGUCAAUAAUAUCACCCACCGCUGCAUCACACCAUAAACUCAACUCAAAAAAGCAACACCACCUUACUUCUAGGAGACACCAUGAUAAGGAUACUAAUAUGAAUGUGAGUAUUGCAUCAAAACAUCCGUUGCCACCACCUCGUGGUGGAACUUCUGCCCAUCCCAACCCCCAACCUGAUGAAGACGAUGAUGAUGUGCCUCCCGGGUUUGGCCCACUGGCUGGCCGGGAUGAGGAUGACUUACCGGAGUUCAAUUUUUCUAGCGGCUCUAUUGCAUCAAGAUCAGAGUUUUCGAACCAAAACCCUACUAGGAGACAGGGAAUGGCCCCUCACAAUUCAUAUCCCCAAAUCCCAUCUCAUCCUCUAGAUUUGAGAGAACUUGUACACAGAUAUGGACAACCUAAAACCGAUGUUCUACCAGUGCAGCCAUGGAAUGAUGAUGAUGACGACGACGACAUGCCAGAGUGGCACCCAGAAGAAACCCCAAAGCAGCGCACUCAUCCUCAGCCAAUGCACGUGCAUGGUGUACGGCAGCCUAUUCUAAGAGCCCACAUGGUGCAGCAAAGAGUACACCAGACAAGGGCACCAUUAGGAAGAUCUCCAGCCAUGCCUCAAGUGAAUCUGAUACAUGGUCAGCAAAACGGUGCCUCUUCUUGGCAGCAAGGCGCUUGGGCAGCUCCUCAGCCUGGACCCCAUGGUUAUCCUGCUUAUCAAUCUGGUGGAGGGCAAGUCAAUGGCUCGCCCGGGCUGCAGGGCUUGGCUUGGCGUAGAGAUGCUCCUACAAGUAGAGGCUUUUGAUUAUGUUAGUUUUCUUUCUGUUUUCCAUCUUUAUGGUUCUGUAACCAUGAUUAUUUUCAAUUCAUUGUUACUCUAAUUAGAUUUUCUAGAGCCAAUCAAAAGUUAGAAUACUAGUCAUGCAAAAAAUUGGCCGUGAAUUAGAUCAAGGGAAGAACGAUGUAUACCGGCUUGUUUUGCACCCUCUAAAUGGUCCUCUUUUGGGUGUAAUUAAGCUUUUCCAAGCACUAAACUUGCUCUAAAAUGAAAAAUUAAUAAAGGAGGGAUGUUUAAUGUGAUAA